AUGUCGGAUAACUUAAAGAGAGCAGAAUCAUUAUUCAAUAGAAUUAUGAAUGUAUCAUCACCAUCUACACAAGAAUCAAAGAGAGACACUAGAACAACUAAUACAAAUACCAACACAAUGAAAUCUUCUAGAAUGUCUCCUUCAUCUUCUUCUAAUUCAUCCAGCAUCAACACAACAACAACAACAGAAAAGAGAGGUUCUAAUGGUGCUAUUCAAGAAGUAUUAUUACCUAAAAGAGAUCCAAUCAAAUUAUCAGAUGAAACACUCGCAUCUAUUCCUCAAGAUCAUCAUAUCUUACCUUAUUGUUGGACUAUAUGGCACCAUUCAAGAUCUCGUAAAGCACCACAACCUACAAAGGAUACCGAUAGCACUACUACUAUCACGGAGGAACCUGAAGAAACUGCGUCAACUGCAAUUGUACCAACUGGUGUCGAUACAUAUUUACAAACUACUAAUGAAUUAGAAUUUUUGGAUUCUCAAGGUCAUACAAUUUCAAAUAUUGGAUCCUUGGAACAAUUAUGGUUAUGCUUAUCUUCAAUUAAAAAGACUCAUGAAUUAUCAAUUGGCACGGAAUUUCUUGUAUUUAAAUCAGGAGUGAAUCCUGUAUGGGAAGAUCCAAUAAAUUCUCGUGGUGGAAGAUGGGUUUUCCGAUUUAAUAGAAAAACAUUUGGUGAAGAUAAAGAAUCAAUUGGAAAAAUUAGAAAGAGGAGUAGUUUAAUUUGGGAAAGAUUAUUAAUUAAAACAUUAACUGGAUCUCUUAUUCCUGAAAAAUCUAAUAAUGAAGAAAUUCAAGAAUUAUUAUUAAGUGAUAUUUGUGGAUUAGUAUUAAGUGUUAGAAAAGAUGAAGAUAUUAUAAGUAUUUGGAAUUCAAAUAUUAAUUUCCAAAAUACUUCUAAUAGAAAUAAAACUAAAGAUGAUGAUACUCAAAAGAAAAAAUUAACUUCUUUCCAAGCAAGAAGAAUCAUUUGUGAUAGUAUCUUACGGGUAAUUCGUGAAUGUGAUUUAAUCAGUCAAGGUAGUGAUUGUGUUGAAACUUUAGAUAGUGGAUCAAAUGAAAGAGUCUUUGGUGUAUCUUUUGAAUAUAGAUUACAUGCAGAUAAUGAAAAUACUCCCGGUGGAACAAGUAAUGGUAAACAUGGCCAUCAUCAUGGUUAUCAUGGACAUCAUGGACAUUAUAGUAGUGGAAGUGGUAGUAGUGGUAGUGGCCAUGGGUUUGGGCUGAGAAGAUAUAAUAAGAACUAUAAUAAGACCCCCUCUGACAGAGAUACCGAAGAAAAGCAAUAA